GAGAGCGCUCCGAGGGCGGCGGGUGGCCGCGCCAGGGCGGCGCGCACGGUCUCAUAGUUCCCGGUCAGCACAGUAAUGUGGAGUAUCUUGACUGAAUCUUCAUGUAGACAAGAUCACCAUGGUUCUGAUAGGUACAGCAGGUGUCUGGACAUCAGUUAUUUAGAUUGAUCUACACAACCAUCCCAUGCUAUAAAAGAAGAAUCAGCCACAGGGAGUGCUUUAAGUAAGAUCUACUACAGGAGUGUGAGCAGCACUGCUUCUGCAAGAAAGCACUGAGUCACCACACCUUGGGAAUAGUAUGGCGGCUUCCUGGGGUGCAGUCUUUUUCAUGCUGGUGAUACCCUGUGUUUGCAGCACCGUCUUUCACAGAGACCAGCAAACUUGGUUUGAGGGUGUCUUCUUGUCUUCUAUGUGCCCCAUAAAUGUCAGUGCCAGCACCUUGUAUGGAAUUAUGUUUGAUGCAGGGAGUACUGGAACUCGAAUUCACGUUUACACCUUUGUGCAGAAAAUACCAGGACAGCUUCCAUAUCUGGAAGGGGAAAUUUUUGAAUCUGUGAAGCCAGGACUUUCUGCUUUUGUAGACCAACCUAAGCAGGGUGCUGAGACUGUUCAAGGACUCUUAGAGGUGGCCAAAGAUUCAAUUCCCCAAAGUCACUGGAAAAGGACCCCAGUAGUUCUGAAGGCAACAGCAGGACUGCGUUUACUGCCGGAGAAGAAAGCCCAGGCUCUGCUCUUUGAGGUAGAGCAGAUCUUCAAGAAGUCACCUUUCCUGGUCCCAGAUGACAGUGUCAGCAUCAUGGAUGGAUCCUAUGAAGGCAUAUUAGCAUGGGUUACUGUGAAUUUUCUAACAGGUCAGUUGCAUGGUUAUGGCCAGGAGACUGUGGGAACCCUGGACCUGGGGGGUGCCUCCACCCAAAUCACAUUUCUACCCCAGUUUGAGGAAACCCUGGAACAAACCCCUAGGGGCUACCUCACUUCCUUUGAGAUGUUUAACAGCACUUAUAAACUCUAUACACAUAGUUACUUGGGACUUGGAUUGAAAGCUGCAAGACUAGCAACCCUGGGAGCUCUGGAGACAGAAGGGACUGAUGGACGCACAUUCCGAAGUGCUUGUCUGCCAAGAUGGUUGGAAGCAGAGUGGAUCUUUGGGGGUGUGAAAUACCACUAUGGUGGCAACCAAGAAGGGGAGAUGGGCUUUGAGCCCUGCUAUGCUGAAGUGCUGAGAGUAGUGCAAGGAAAACUUCACCAGCCAGAGGAAAUCCGGGGAAGUUCCUUCUAUGCUUUCUCUUACUAUUAUGAUAGAGCCGCUGACACACACAUGAUUGAUUAUGAAAAGGGGGGUAUUUUAAAAGUUGAAGAUUUUGAAAGAAAAGCCAGGGAAGUGUGUGAUAACUUGGAGAACUUUACCUCAGGCAGUCCUUUCCUAUGCAUGGAUCUCAGCUACAUCACAGCCUUAUUAAAAGAUGGCUUUGGCUUUGCAGACAGCACACUCUUACAGCUCACAAAGAAAGUUAACAACAUAGAGACAGGCUGGGCCUUGGGGGCCACCUUUCACCUGUUGCAGUCUCUGGGCAUCUCCCACUGAAGCCAACCACUUCCUCUGAGGCCUGCAUUCACCAACAACCUUUUUAAGUGGAAAAGGGGAGAGGACUCAGUCAUUUUCUGAGCUAGUCUUGGACAGCCUGAACUGAAGCCCAGCAAUUGGUUUUAUCAGGAAGAAGGGGCUUUUGUAGAUGAAUCUUGACUUGGAGCCUAGAUUUGGGUUUAAUUAAUUUUACACAUCUAAUGUGAAGUGUUACCUGACCACUUGAGGGUACACAGCUGACACUAGAGUAAAUCUUUGAGAUUCUUCCUGUCAUAGAGAAUCUGUGAGCCAAAAAGAAUAGCUUUGGAACUUAACCUUGGAGAACUCAGGGCUGGCUUCUCUGCAAACCAAAGAAAAAUCUCAUUUCAACUCUUGGAGUGCCUCGUUCCUUCAAACAUUUUAAUUUUCCUCUUCCAUACUAAAUUAAGCUGACUUAUUGAAAUCCCAUGACCUAUUAGUACUAAUAUGUUUACCUAGUUUUGCUUUCUGUGUGUAAUUUUAAAAAAGGAAAAAGGCACUAAUUAGAAUUUCUGUGGUCCUGUUGUAUACUUGCUGCAAUCGGCCAGCUGAGAGCUAUCCUAAAUCUUUUUUUUUUUUUUUUUUCUUUGAGCUGGUCUGGAUAAUAGGCAUACACCACCAUGCCCACUUCAUCCUAAAUCUUAACAGGAUGGAGAAGAGUAACUGCAGAUAGAUUGCAGCCUUAAGAAAGAAGGCCAUAAGUCUCCCAGCACAUGCUUUGAGAGGGUAUGGCUGCUUCUAAGAGCUUAUCCUCUUUAGUCAACUCCCGGUAAGUCAGUCAACUCUGGUAUUAACAUAUCCAACCUUGUAGGUAUGUGCGUAUUCAGUGCCAGUACCACCUCCCAGAUUAAUAUGUUUAUAGUAUUACCCAUGACCCUAAUCUUCAUUUCUUUGUACUUCUGUGAAAUACAGCUAUACCCUAGCUUUUGGUCUCUGAUUAGAGGUGUUUGCUAUUUGGGAAUACAGAUUUUGGUCCAGUCUCUUUCAGUUUACCCUUCUGGGGACUGAACCUAGGACCUCCUCCAUGCUAAGCACAGGUACUACCUGUGAGUGAUUCCCUCAGCCCCGGCUUUGCCCUUUUAUUCUAUUUAUAGUAGUGCUUUCCUACCCUGGCUCCUGCCCAUUUUAGCUAACAUCCUCUGAAUUAUUUAUCUAGUUCCAGGAUUUCUGCUCCCCUUUCUGGUAAUACCCGAUGUUGAUUUGGUUAGCUCUUUUGGUUGCUAUCGGAAUAGUGGGCCAGCAUUUCUCUUGUGGGUUUUUUUUUUUUAGUGGUGCUGGGGAUCAAGCCUAGGGUAUGUGUAUGCUAGGCAAGCACUCUACCACUUAGCCACACUCCAAGCCCUCAGGUUUUCUAUUUGAGUCUGAGUGUCUAGAGUUCUUAAUUUGUGAGUUACUUCCCUCCAUAAGUCAUUGUCUUAAAAAAAAAUUUAAGCUGGGUGUGGUGGCUCUUACAGUCACAGUUACUCUGGAGGUGAAGAGCUGGAGGAUUGUUGUUUGAAGCCAGCUCAGGUAAAAAGUUAGGAAGACCUCAUCUCAGCCAAUAAACCAGGAGUUGUGGUAUACAUCUGUGAUACCAAUUAUGUAGGAGGAUGUACAUACAAUCUGGCCCCAGUCAAAUGCGAAACCCCACCUGAAAAAAGUAAGGGCAGGUAUGUGGCUCAAGUGGUAGAUCACCUGCCUAGCAAGCAUGAGGCCCUGAAUUCAAACCCAAAUAUGACCCAGAAUACAUUUUUAGAUUUCAUUGACACAUUCCCAAGUGACCAUUAUCUACUUGUCUCCCUACUCUAUUGCUCUUGGGUUUGAAAGAUCUGUAAUUUGGGUCCUUUACCAUAGCUUACCUCCUCCUUUCUUUCCAGGAGAGUUUGCAUCUGCUCAAACUUGGAGCCUUCACAUUUGUCUCACUCUCACAAAGGAUGUUAUAUAUGCCUGGCAUUUAACAUCUGCUGUGUGCAAGGAAGUAAGCAAAUCCCCUGAAUUGUAAUUAUUUUUUAAUAAAUUGAAUGUGGGCUGGCAGAGUGGAUCAAGUGAUAGAGCACCUGCCUAGCAAGCGUGAGGUCCUGAGUUCAGACAUCCAGUACCAAAAAAGAAUUGAAUGUGGAAUUUCUUCAGACUUUUCACACUGAUGUUUUUGUUUUUGAGAUGGGGCUCUCUCUAUGUUGCUCAAUUCCUGGGCUCAAGUGAUCCUCCCACCUCAGCCUCUUGAGUAGCUGGGAUUAUAGGCAUGUACCACUGUGCUAAGCUGAAACCGACUUUUACUAGGGUUACUUUUGUUAUCUGUUGACUUCCUCAAAAAUGCAAAUACACCAAUCUUUAGGCUCAGAAACAGCCCAAAGAUACAAUCUCAUUUUCUACCCAAUGCAGAAAUCUUUCAACAUUUCUAACAGGUUAUUGUUGAGGGUUUUUUUGGUGGUGGUAUUUUUCUUUUUGGGGGGUGUGUGUGUGUAUUUAGUUUUUUGUCUUUUCAUUUGGUUUGUUUAGGCAUUUUCAAACAGCUCAUUUCCUUUGGGACUGCACUGUUUACAAAUUGUUCCUUGGGUUGAGCUGAAAUCUACCUUCUCAGUGAUCUUAUCUCCCAUCUCACAAUCUUUGAAGACUGAUUCUAAAUUCUUUAUGGUUUAACAUGUGGCAUGACUUUUAGACUCCUUAACAUCUUUGUCAACAAAUCCAGUAGGGGGCUAGAUCAGUCAUCAUCCACUAAAUGUUGUUCCACAGUUGAGAGACUAUAGCCUCUAGUAAUAGUAAGAGGUAAGGUGUGCUCAUUAAAGACAGUUCCAGGAAGGUAAGUUACUGUUUUUACUACAAGUCCUCUCUGAAAUGUUUCAUAAACAGGGAUCCUAUUAAGUACAUGUGUUUUCUGCAGAUGCCUUUGGUUACUUGGAUACCUUCAGAACUCAGAUAGAUACAUUACUUCAGAAAUUUAUUGCGUAUCUCUUGCUAAUCUUGGUCAGAACAUCUGGAGAUUUAACCAGUUCAAGUGUAAUUUGGAAUGAAAAUUUUUAUUUUUUAUACUAAGGAGAAUUCUGUUUUACUGGUUAGUUUCAUCUCUGUGAAAGUGUUAAUGUUUAAAAUACCUAGUAUGUGGGUGGCGCAUGGUGGGUGUUGUAUGUUACCAUUAUAAUGAAGAACUUCUGUGAACCAUGGAGGUCCUUGCAAAGUGUGCCUUAAAACCUUCCUGUCUUGCCUUUUCUGUUGUUACAUGCUUGCUUUGGAAAGUCAAUGCUCUCCUUAUCUGGGCUACCUUUUUCUUUUUGGUGAUACUAGGGUUUGAACUUGGGCUCACACUUGCUAGGCAGUUGUUCUACCACUUGAGCCACUCCACUAGCUGUUUUUUUUUGAAGGAUGACUCGAUAGUUUCUGCUAGUCAUCACACACCUUUUCAUAACAGCUUCCAUCUUUUUUGGGGGGUAUAUUUCUUGGGAUUUUAGGAAGGUUUGUGACAUUGUCACUUUUCUACUGUCUUAAAAUUUUCUGCUGGGUACCAGUGGCUCACACCUGUAAUCCUAGCUACUCAGGAGAAACGUGGUACAAAGUUUGCCUGGGCAAAUAAUUCUUGAGACCCUAUCUCAA